AUGGCGCAGAACGGAAACACCGGCAAAGAUGGGCGCAAGAGGGUCCUUGUUGUUGGCGCUGGCGCAGCUGGCAUGUCGACGGCAUACCAUCUUUCGAACCACCCCGACAAGUUCGACGUAACCCUGAUCGACUCGGUCGACUAUUGCGGCGGACAGGCUUUCUCGAUCCCUCUCGACAAGGAGCGACAUGGCGCGAGCUGGUUCAAUCAAGGAGUCCAGGGUGGAAGCUACAUCUUCCACCACACGCUGACCAUGUUCGCCCGACAGGGCUAUCACGCGGACCCGGUGAAGCUCCAGGUUUCCUUCGGCAAGGACGAGAAGUUUUGGUCGAACGUUUUUCCCACCGAGUUCAUGGUUAAGCACCAGAAAGAAGUCCAGAGGCUCGCCUUCAUGCUCAAGUUUAUGCGCUGGUUCGAGGUCUUCUUCGCCUUGAUGCCGCUGAAGAUCCUCUUCAAGCUCUUCCGCUUCUCCGACGAGUUCACAAAUGUUAUCGGUCUACCAAUGACGGCCUUGUUUCUUGGAACGGGCAAUGCUACGCCGGAGGUGCCUGCCAUCAUGUUAGAACGACUCUGCACUUCGCCAACCUACGGCAUGUGGUACCCUCCCGACAAGCACAGCGUCGCCUCGAACCUCCCUCCCAUGGUUGUCUUCCCGAACUUCAGCGACUUUUACCAGACCUGGAAGAAGGAUCUCGAAAGCCGUGGAAUCACUGUUCGCCUGUCAACCGAACUCACCGAGAUCGUACACCGAAACAAGCGCGGGGUGCUGGUUAAGACGAAGCCUCGCACUCCAGUCAAAGAUGGCCACAACCCGAAUGGAGGCGAUCCAGAUGCACCCGAGUCCGAGGAGCACUACGACGACAUCGUAAUGUGUGUCCUUGCUGACACUGCGAAGAAGAUCCUGGGCAAGACGUCAUCCUGGCGCGAACGCAAGGUCUUGGGAGCCGCGACGUUCUCCGACGACAUCACCAUCACCCACAACGAUGCCGAUUACAUGAAGAAGUACUAUGAAAACUUCUACGAUGAGUCCAAGGCGGUCAAGGCUCUCGGAAACAAGCGCGAGGUCGACCAAUCUUCGCGCCUGGAGUACGCAAAGGACAACUUCAGGCCCAUGUACUACAUCCGCAUGUACGACGACGACCUCUCCAAGCUGGAGAUGUGUUUCGACACCACCAACUACCAGUCUCAGUUCCCCGAAAAGGUUCCUUUUGAGCAACACGUUUUCCAGACGAUCUACCUGAACAAGAAUCGCGACCGGAAGCACUGGACCGACGACCAGAUCAACAAGGACAAGAUCAUCCGCAGCGAUUGGUGGCACCAGCUCUGCCACUCAUGGACCCAUUACGCUUUCGUCGUGCCCUGGAUCAUGUUCCUCCAGGCCAAGAGGCGUAUUCGCUUUGCAGGUUCAUGGACGUUGGUCAAUGCUCACGAGAUCGCCAUCAUGUCUGGCAUUGCUGCCGCUGUGGACAUGGGUGCUGACUAUCCGGAGGACCUUGAGCAUGACAAGUUCGCAUUGCUUUGUUUCAGACUGUACUACCUUCUCUCGUAUGGCAAGUGGUAUAGAAGGAAGUUCAAGAACAGCGAGAGUCAGAAGGCAAAGGACGGUGCUGGCUGGGCUUCUGGGCUUUACGGCAGCGUUUACCAGGGCCCUGGUGUGACCAAGACGGAGCGGUUGACGUGGAGAGAGGAGGUGAAGGCAGGUCGGAGCACUGAAAACUUGGCGGAUGGAAACAACGGGCGAAGCCAGCCGUAG